CGCAAACAUAAGGUUCCGCACACACACAUACACACACACAUGCGUACACUGAACAGAGUUAUGGAGACACCACGUCAAAGAUAAAUGCUAUUAUGAAAAAUCUACAAACUUUGCUGCCAAUUUUGGCUGUGGCAAGUUUCUUCAUCAGGAUAAGUGGAUCGAUCUCCCUUCGCCUGGUGAUGACUGGCCCUGACAUGGCCUACCUCGGCUCGAGGGUGGCUUUCCGCUGUUUUGCGCCUGACUCCUCUCUGCCAGUCACCUAUGAGCUGAUGAGGGGCGGCAUCCCAAUCAACACAGUGGCUGAUCUCCAAGGGGACCAAGUGGCGUCUUUUAACCUGAAGGUCGCUGCUAUGUCAGAGGGUUCGUACCACUGCAAGGCUACGACACAAGGAAGCACAGGAGUCAGCAGCAGCAUCAAGCUGACUGUAGUCACUCCAGCAUCAAACACCAGAGUGACUUCUGAACCCUUCCCCCCAGUCACAUACGAGGGGUCACGCAUCGUGCUGAGCUGCAGCGUCGCAAAGGGCUCCCACCUUUUCUACUCCUGGUUUUUCAACAAGAAGGAAGUGACAUCUUUAACCUCUCCCCUGCUUCUCCUCACUGGGAACAAGCUAGUGAUGGAGGAGGUGACUCCAGAGCAUGCUGGGUACUAUUCUUGCAUGGCUUGGUCUAGGGUGCAGGACACCAGGAGGUUUUCCAGCAGUUCAGAGGUCAAGGUGACAGUCAAAGUCCACGUUUCAAAACCAAGAAUCUCUUUCUUCAUCUCCAAAGAGGGAGCCAGUCCCCAUGGCAACAUGACCUGCUGGUCAACAAGAGGGAGUCCACCGGUCAACAUCUCUCUUUUAGUAGAUGACAAAGAAGUUGAAUCUGUCACAGCUGCUGAAUCCCUCAUUGCCUGGUUCCCCGUCGCCAUGGUACCCGGGCAGGACAUGGGCGUUGCUCGGUGUCGAGUGAAGACUGAGGUGCAGGAGUUGAUGAGUGAGCCUGUGACUCUGGAAAUGGUGCCAGUCGGAGGUGAUGUGAAGGUGGAGGUUGAAUAUCUCUACAGCGCUGACUCCAAACUGGUCGCUGCCAAGCUGAGCUGCCAAAUCAGCAAAGGAACUUUCCCUUACGUCUCUUGGCUCUUGAACAACUCUGGCCUUCCCUCUGACACACAUCUGGACUUCAUUAUUCCGCCCGUCCAGUAUCAUGGUGCCCUAACCGACUGUAGACGAACCCUCGUUCUGGCCAAGCUUGGCCCAGAGGAGUCUGGGUAUUACCGCUGCAGGGCCAGGGACAGCUACAAUGAGUCCGGGCCCUGGGUGGAGAGCGAAGCCGUGCUGGUCCGAGUCACAGACAGGAUCCUUAACUUGAUGCUACCAGCAACAUCCUCCACUGAACCACCACCAAGUAAAAAGGUUUUCCUGAACACCAUGGAGGUCCUUACCAUAGCGUUCUGCUGCUUCCUUUUUCUGACUAUGGCAGUGGGCGGAGGCUGUGUGUACAAGAUGAUUGACCACAAGCAAGCUCAUAUCCACGUAGCAACAACAAACUCUGAUGCACUUCCUCUCUCUUCACCCACAUGGCAGUCAGGAAGCGAACAGGACGAUGCUUCGUCUACAGACUUUAAUGUUUAGAAUCAGGUAUACAGGCGUGCACAACACCUCAUAUAAACACAAUGAUUUAGAAUCAGUGACAUGUGACAUACUGUCCAGUAAUGCUUUACUUUACAGAUCCCUCAGUGUCAUAUAAUUUAUGAAAAGGAAAUGAUAUGUUAUUGUAAAGUUGCUGGGAAAGACUAUGUAAUUUGGUUUGAAAACGCUUUAUUUAAAAGGUUUGCAUUUUUCAAAAAAUGUUGUGGAAAGAACUCAUAGCCAAUCAGUGCAAAUAAACUUUAUUAAUCAUUUCUGUAUGCUGCUGGAAUGAAGUGAAUGUUUAGUUUUUAUUAAUAUGAGGAAAACAAUUUGACCCAUAUAUAGACAUUGUGUCUGUUCUCUCUGAUCUCUCUGAUCUAGACCACAGUAUGACACAGGAGGAACCUGCACCUCUCGUCAUUUCUAUCACCUUUUCAUGCAAAUUGAUCAAAAUCUGCAGCUAUAUUGUGCUGUUCUGCAGGUACUGCAAUAAUGACUUUUCCUGAGCUGCCAAGUUGCUUAUAACAAACUGGUAGAGCAUUUAACUAAAAGAGAGAGAUUAUGUUCAAAGCAGAACUACUGUUUAUCAUGUGUUUGAAAAUAAAAAAAGAAAUUUUU